AUGGAGGACGUGAAUCGGGUCAUGACCGUACGCGACUUAUCUAGUCUCUCCAAGCUGAGGAUAUCGGUUAAGACAUUCAGGGCUGAGCAACUAUCAAAAAUCGGACUAUUGCCUUCGCUCGAGCACCUAAAACUUGAAAUCGGUGCCGGUUAUCGGGGACAGCCAAUUUCACCCAACGCUGUGCCAGUUAUAGCCGACGGUGCCUUCCCGCGGCUAAGGCGCUUUGAUCUUAUGAACCUACCGGACGCUGAAUCCUUUCACGAGUUUUGGAGCAUCAAACCACUGGUAUCUCGUCUUACGUCGGCCAGUCUGCACUUUGACAAAAGCACGAAUAUCGUUGAUUUGUCGAUUGGACCUCCGGAAUACGAAUCGGGCGAGGAAGAAAACUGUGCGCCUAUAUUUUACUUGCUUUCUAGACUGCCCUUGGUCGCGUUACUUUUUGAACCGUUGGUCCCCCUCCGCCUACCUAUCCCUCGAUAUGUAGGAACAUACCACCUCCUGAGAAAGUUGGAAGUUGCUACUUGUUGGCUUGAAGUUGGUGAUAUCCAAUCCUUGGCUAUUGCGUUCCCAAAUCUCGAGUAUCUCGCCGUCCAAAUUGGCUUAUACCCAGAAGACUUUCAACAAAUUAAAUCUAUCCCUAUAUCAUCUCAACGAAUCAUUUUAUGGGUCGUAGCCGUGUUUAUGGAGGAAUAUCCAUUCUGGAAUCGCACGGCAGCUGGUAACGAUCUUGCACGGUUAGUACCUACCAUCACUUCCAAUUUCGUAUCUGAAGGCGGCAAGGAAACAGCUUUUUACACGCUUUGUGGCCAAACGCUCAAUAUUUGA